GCCUGCGCAUUGAGUCCGAGAGGCCGGGAGGUUGCGGGCGGGUGGAGGAAUGUGCGUUACAGUUAAAUAGUGGAUACAGCGCCGCAGAAGCGGCGCUUUCUGGGGACCGGAUGAAGGACAGGGACUGAGUGAAGCGGGAGGAGCUGCGGCCAGAGGGAGCGCUCGGGCCGGGUCGCAGCUGCAGUGCUGAGGAGACCGAGGCGGCCAGUAGAGACAACAGACGGCGAGGCUCCAUGGCGCGGCGUGGGUUCCUGAGUGACCGCGGUGUCGCCAGCUCCACUGUCACAGCUGUGCACGGCGCUCUGUUCCCCUGAGGAGCGCUCACUUUGCCUCCUGACGAGGAAAAAGGGUUCGCUCACCCCAUCGGGGUCUUCGGGUUGGACCGAAGAGAGAAGGGGAGCCUACCGGGGCCUCCCUCGUCGUUCGCUUCCCUCCCACACGGGCGGGCGUGCCGUGGGCUGGAGUAGGCGGCGGCGGCGGCGUUCCUGCCUCUAUGAUGAAAUUCAAGCCAAACCAGACGCGGACCUACGACCGGGAGGGUUUCAAGAAACGGGCGGCAUGCUUGUGCUUCCGCAGCGAGAGGGAGGAUGAGUGCUGUGAUUUCUCCCUCAAACUUUGAAAAGUAGUGUGCAAAUAAUUUGCUGUGGAAGAGCAACAAAUGAGUGACUUGAAUCCAGGGUUGUGGUGAUUAUUCGCUCUUAGAAGAAACUUUAGUUUGCUGAGGAGUAAAAUUUUGACAAAAGUUUUCAUUAGACUUGACUCCAGUGGGACUGUGCUAUUAGUAAGCAGUAGCCGGUACCCAGAUCAGUGGAUUGUUCCAGGUGGAGGAAUGGAACCUGAAGAAGAACCAGGUGGUGCUGCUGUCAGAGAAGUUUAUGAAGAGGCUGGAGUAAAAGGAAAACUUGGCAGAUUGUUGGGAAUAUUUGAGCAGAAUCAAGACCGGAAGCAUAGGACUUAUGUUUAUGUUCUCACAGUGACUGAAAUCCUGGAAGACUGGGAAGAUUCAGUAAAUAUAGGAAGGAAGAGAGAAUGGUUUAAAGUUGAGGAUGCAAUCAAGGUCCUUCAGUGUCAUAAGCCUGUACAUGCAGAGUAUUUGGAAAAAUUGAAACUUGGGUGUCCAUCCACCAAUGGAAAUCCUGUAGUUUCUUCCCACCCUGAUAAUAGUUCUCUGUAUGUUACUUCAGCACAAACUUCUGGGCUACCAUCUACUACUAUAAGAUAAAUUCUGAGUUACUUUUUCAUGUUCUUCCAUCACAAGUGGAAAUGUAUUAGUGAUCCUGUGCUGUGUGUAUUGUAACCAAAAUCUUGAGUCCAUGAAUACUUUAUGUUCAGUCUUUUUUCUUUACUUUUUAGCAAUGUAUUUUGGCAAAUCAAAGCCAUACAGGGAUUUUUAAAGAUGCCUUAAAUGGUCCUUUUUCAUUUUUAAACAUAGUACCUUAUUCAAAGAGUGAAUUUGAAACUUGACAUUUGACUUAAUUCAGUUUCUUAAAUUUUCUCAAAUAAUUAUAUUGCUUUAUCCCAUUCAUCAUUGUUUCUCAAGGUCAAAAUUAAAUUAGUUGGAGGAAUUAAGGCAUGAAACCAACAAAGUGCCUUCAGUGUUAAGCUUCCUCCUUUAAAUUGUUUCAUAGAAAAAUCAGCAUAUUAAUGCUGUUUUAACUUUUAUCUGUUCUUCAUAUUGCUCAUUAAGGAUUUUGGUCAAAUAGGCAGAUAUCACAAAAUGCCAUUUUUUUUUUUCACUUUUGCUACUUAUUGCCAAACUUUCUUUGCAGUUUCAGCAGGUUUAAUUAAUUACGGAGACCAUUCCAACUUUUUUCAGUCAUUUUAUAGAUUACAUGAAUCAUAGUAUUUGGAAGGGUUAAAGGGGCAAGCAGGUCAUAUCAAAACAUUGAAAUGUUUUGAUAUCUGCCACUAAAGCAUGCAUGUUUUUACUCUAAACAGUAACAAGUUGUAAUUUCAUAAUUUUUUUUUAAAAGCAUCUACACUAAAUUUCCAUUUUUCUGGAGUUUUGUUUGAGGUAAACAACUACUUCCGUUGUAAAAAUUUCUCUUUUCUCAUUCUUUAUAUGUAACAUAAAUUAACUGUAAAUAAUUCAACAGAUGUAAAGUGUAAAGUGGAAAGUAAAUGUAAUGUAAAUACUAUUGUUCACCCAUUUGGGUUGCCACCUGUAACUUUCAUGUCUUAAUAGUGACAUAGCAAGCAGGAAUUUCAAUAGCUCAAUUUCUUUAAUAUAUCUUCAGAUUUUUCUGUUAUUUUAUUACACAGCUGUUAAAGGGAUAACAGUUAUGCCUAACAACAGGUGGGGAUUACACACUAUGUAAUGCUGCUAUGAAAUAACCACUUACUAUUGCAAUUUUUUUUUAAAUAUAACUUUAUCUAGUAAGAUGAAAAUAAUGUGCCAUAUGGAUGAAUUUAAAUAAGGAACAUCUGUAAAAUAUAAGAACAGUUGAGAGUUUUCAUUUAAGAAGAAUCUAAAUAGCAGUAAUAGAGGAUUGAUAUGAAGUUCUGCCAUAGGUAGAACCUUGAAAUUUUAGUAACUUAGGUGAUGAUGGGAAUAAUAGGCCACAAUCAGUUUCAAAUAGCCCCAUGUAAAGUCAAAAUGAGAAUGCAGACUUAAUAUAAAAAUCUUGUGUUAACUGGAAUGGGGAAGUGAUUAGUUAUAAGUAAUGUACAAUCCUAACCUGGCUGUUCAGACCCACGUUUUUAUUUAUUAUCCAGUAGUUUAUUGACCAUAUGGUUGUAAAAGUGAAAAAAUGUCUCACAUUAUCAUAAUGAUGAACAGAAUAGCAAGCCAAAUCUGUAAUUCUUAACAGCUUCAUCUCAACAUUUUUGGAAUAUAAUCUAAGCUAAUAGAAACCGCCCAUUAGUGAUGCAUGGUUAUUUUGCUUUCUGUUGUUACAUACUAUGUAAAAAUGUACAGUUUAUGCUAAUUAAAUCAAAGGUGAUUGCUUAUAAAUACUUCAGGCUGUCAUGCCACAUAGUUACACUGAUGUACAGAUCUCUUUAGCCUAUGCAAUUUAAAAUAAUUAUACCCUCCUCAGUUUUCCGAUAUCUCUCUUGUAACAUGAUACACAGGAUAAGAAAUUUCCAUUGUUCAAUUUCCUGAAUUUACAAGUUCAUUGAAUAAAGUUAACAUUCUUUAAAUCUAUAAUUUGCAGGCUGUGCAGUGCUUUGAAAUUGAUUUAUGAAAAAUAUAUAGUUGCCAGACAAGUGUUCAGCUUACGUUCCAAAGCACCUCUUCUAAACUGAAUCCAAAGUAACCCUUAACUGAACUGUACUAAUUUGCAGGUAUAGGCAGGGCAAUAGGUAUGUCAGAUAUAAUAGCAAAGACCUCUUGCCAAGAUAAAAUCUUUUAUAACUAAUAAAAAGAGUGUGUUUUCUAUAAAUUGUCAAAGUAUUGAAAUAUUCUUGUAGAUCUAAGAUGUGGAACAAAACUUGUUCUUUAGUGACAUGCAUUUAGUCUCCCAGAGAGAGGAAUGGAAAUUGAUUUGGAUUUUCAUGUACAAAAGUUUGUUAUAGAGAACAAGUAGUUGGGAACAGGUCUUAUAAGCAGUGUAAGAGCAACAAGAAUCAAAAAGUUAAAAUCUUGUAUUUACUGCAAGCUACCAAAUCUAUUAAAAUGUUUGAAACAAUUGUUCAAUGUUCUCCUGAAAGUGUACGUACACACAGAGAAAACACUACAAGUUGUAAACUUUUUGAGCUGAGCAUGACUUUCUUUUAAAGACUGAUGUAAGAAUUUUGACUUUUUAUAUCUGAAAGAAACCUCAAAUAAAAAAUAAAACACUU